CAGCACCAGCAGCAGCUCCGCGCUGCGGACACUCCGCCAGCUACACCGCGGUUCCUCCUCAUAUCAACACCGCGCCGGCUCUGGAGCCAAAAUAGCGUUGUAUUUAGUGAGUUAACGAUCCCCCCGACAGCCAUGGCAUCCGAGCCCGCCAAGGACCCUGCGGAGAGCGAGGAGGAGGACGUGUACGAGGUGGAGCGGAUCAUAGACAUGCGGGUGGAGGAGGGUGAAGUACUGUAUAGAGUUCGUUGGAAGAAUUACUGCUCCGAUGAUGACACUUGGGAGCCAGAGGCUCAUUUGGAGGACUGUCGUGAAGUCCUCUUGACUUUUAAGAAGCACUUGGCUGAUGCCGAAACCAAGAAAGUUGUGAAGCCGCUUCCAACGAAGAGUGAUUUGUUUGACGCAGACUCGGAGAGUGACAGCGACAAAGAUCGUCCAACUGAUGCGCCCAUCAAGAAGAAGAAGAAAAAGAAGCUCCAGGAAGAAAAGGAGGAAGAUCCAUCUCUAAAGGAGAAAAAGAAAAAAAAGAAGGAUAAGCACAAAGAGGAGCCGAGGCCCCUCCCGGCUCCAGAAACAGAUGAAGAAGAGGAGAGACCUCCAACCCCAACUCUUCCUCCCAAGGAGAAAAAGACUGAAUCAAAAAAGCGUGGCCUUGACUCGGAUGACGAAGACGACGAAUCUGGACAUGUUAAAAAACACAAGAAGGAAAAGGGGAAAGAGGGAGGAAAGCAUAGGAAAGAUAAGGGAGAAGAGGGGAAGAAAAAGAAAGCAAAGAAAGAGCGAAAAAUUGAAAGCUCAGAAGAUGAGGCCCCUGCUCUCGCAGAAGGCGACCUUAGUGAAGGACCGUCAGAGUCACAAAUGGAGGAUUCUGCACCAACAGACACUUUGACCAAGUCAGCGGAAAAGCCAGGCAUCGAUGAUAAGUUCAAACAGAAAAGGGGGAAGUGGGAAGUCAAGCUCCAAGGCAUCAAAGACCUUAUCCAUGACAAAAAGAGCAAAAAGGCAGAUGCCACACAGAAAGAGAGCAGCCUUCCGAAGGUCAAGAGUUCUACUUCCAAAAACAAGGAGGAUACGGCCCUGCAGUCAGACUCCAGUGACAGCUCCACUCUACAUAAAAAGCCUAAGAGUAAAGGGAACGAGAGCACGCCAGCAGCAACACAGAAAGUCCCUUCUUCCUCCACGUCAUCUUCAUCGUCCUCAUCCUCCGUCACUGCUGUUAAUACAGCCAAGUUAAAGGAGGAGGAGGUUACUAAAGAAGAGGUGCUGGCACCGAAGGACGCCAGUGGCUCAACUAACCUGUUUGAAAAGUUCCUGUUAAACUGCGAGGCAAAGGAUCGUGCCCCCCGCAGGCCCCAGGUUCAUCAACUUGUCACGGAGAAGAGCAGCAGCAAAUCUGCAAAGCUAAUAGGAAAGAUUGAAAAGAUUCCUAAGACGGCCAAAGAUUCUCCUGCUCAGAAAGCAGAGCCUGAGAAGACGGAGCGAACCAAGCAAUCAGAUGCUGCCAGAUCUGGCUAUGGCUUCAGCCUAGACAGUGAUGAGCGGGAAGAAGAAUCCACAGGAAAAUCGAAGCCAGCCGAUGAGUCCCGAGAGCGGAAGGAGAAGCCUGAAGAACCGCAGCGUCCAGCCUGGGAGAGGAGAAGCUCGACUGACGACAGGAGGAAGAGGAGAGAGGACAGCGAGCCCAGACUCUUUAUGGCAUGUGAUGACACUCAGGACCCAGCAGAGGGCGCUGAAAAGCUUGACAAAGGACAAGCCACUUUGAGUCUAGGAAUGGACCUGAACCUAGACUGGAUGACGCUGGAUGACUUCCAGAAGCACCUGAACGGGGAAGAUGAGAUCUUGUCAGGUCCUCCAUUAUCACCAAGUGAGUUGCGAGAUGCUGUGAAAAGUGGAGAUUACAUGGCUGUGAAGUUGGCACUAAAUUCCAAAGAGGACUACAAUCUUGAACAAGAGGAAUGUACUAUUGGUGAGAGGAGAUCAUUUGAAGGAGAGCGGAGCUUGAUUGAAGAGCGAAGUUCAAGUGGUUCUCUUAGCUUUACUUCUAACAUUGACUGUGCAAGAAGUGAAAACGCUACUCCAAACGCAAAAGGGAAGAUUCCCCAAGAUUUGGAUGGUCCAGAAAAUUACAAUGAAAUACCAAUCUGUUCUGCAAGUACAAACACUGUGCAACAGACACUGAGUGACCAUGAAAAUACCCAUGGAGUUGAGGGUAACAAAACCAAAUCCAUAAAAGAAGCAUACAAUUCAUCCAAUAUACUGGAAAGUCAAGAAAAAGAAGACGUGAACUUAACAGAGGAAAAAAUUAUGUUGGAUGACAUAAAUGCUGCUUUAUCAACCAAAAUGAGUUUAAACAUUGAUAAUUCGGAUCCAACCAGAGAAGAAGAAGAGAUGACAAAACUGGAUGACAAAGUGAAACAAAAGGAUAUGUUGCCAAAUAACUUGGACGGUAAAGACCAAGGUCUUUCUGAGACGGACCCAGAAGUCAUGGCUAAAAGAGGACUGCGACAACGUGGAAGAACUAUUGAUUACGGACAACCAACGCGAUCAAGUCUAAGGAGCUGUAAGAAAGUGAUUGAAACAAACACUGGCAAUGCAGAUACAGAGAAGAAGGAUUCAGUCAAAAAGCACUUCUGUUUGUUUUGCAAAUUGGCAUUUACCCAACUUGCAAAGCAUUUGGAAAAGAAGCAUGCAGAGGAAACGGAUGUUGCCCAUGCAAUACACUUUCCCAAAGGUUCCAAGGUUAGACAGGCGUUGCUCGAUGACAUUCGUAAUAAAGGAGACUAUGAACAUAACUGCCAAGUUCUUAAAAGUGGCGAGGGUGAGAUUGUGACCAAGAAACAGAUGAAGAACCCCACCAUAUCUGUGCGAGACUUCCUGCCUUGCCAGCACUGUUUUGCAUUUUAUCGUAAAACUGAUUUGUGGCGACAUGAGCACUCAUGCAAGGUAAGAAAGGGAGAUCAAAAGGCCGCUGAAAAGAUGAGAAAAACCAGGAGUCAAAUCACUGCCUUACAUUUACUUCCAAUGUCGGAGUUCUUGACGGGAACGUGCAAGGAAAUCAUCCACAUUAUGCAUCAGGAUGAAAUUUCGAGGCAUAUCAGAAUUGACCCCCUCAUUUGUAAAUACGGCAAUGCGUUGUCUACCAAGUACGACGACGAUAAGUCUCAAUUUAAUUAUAUUGCACAAAAGAUGAGGGAAUUGGGUAGGUUUGUGCUUGCUGUAAAUGAAAUUGACAGUAGCGUGAAGUACCUGCAUGAAAUAUGUCUCCCCUCCAAAUUUGAAUUGGCCAUUCAAGGAGUCAAAAAAAUGAGUGGGUUCGAUCCCAGUUCCAGCAAGUUUAAAACCAUCUCUCUCGUCUCCAAGAUCGGCUACUCCUUGAAACGGGCUGCAGAGAUAGCUUUUGGAGAAAGUCGCAUGACAGAGGAUAGUGAAACUGAGAGUGAAUUGAAAAAAUUCAUACAGCUACUUGAUACAAAAUGGACAGAGUCUUUUUCUCGCAAAUCACUUGUCCAGUCUCUAAAACACGAGGUCAAAAAAGAGGAAGUAGACCAAUCAACUGUAACGGAAGAUUUGAUGAAGCUCCACAGGUUUAUUACAGGGGAAGAGGAUGAUGCGAGGAGAGAGCUGAAUGAAAACCCCAGCAUUUCAACAUGGAAGAAGCUCAGUGAAGCCACUUUAGCAGAUGUAUGUCUCUUCAACAGGGGUAGGGUAGGAAACAUUGGGAGACUUCUCUUACAAACUUACACUCAAAGAAAAAACAGAGGAACAUUUAUGCCCUCUGUAGAUCAAGUAAAGAAAAGCACAAAACUGGAGCUGGAAGUUGGUUCUAGUUUUACACAACUGGAACUGGAAGGUCAGUCUGGGAGAAAUAUGCUGGUUCUGCUAACCAACAGGAUGGUUUCCUCCAUUGACUUGCUUGUUGAACACAGAGAGCAAGCAGGUGUGUCAAAAACGAACCCAUACCUGUUUGCAAGGACUGAAGGUCCAUCCUUUAUUAGAGGAUUGGAUUGUUUUCGAAGGGCCGCGGUGGAGUGUGGAGUUAAAAACCCAGAAGCACUUCUGUCGUCGUCAUUAAGAGAGCAAAUUGCCAGCUGCUGGCAGCUAAUGAGCCUAUGUGAACGUGAGCUGGAUGAAGUGGCCAAGAUGAUGGGAAGGAGCAGCCAAGAAUGUUACACGCUCACACAAAAUGCAUAUCUGCUGGAUGAAGUGAGUAAACAACUCCUUAAGAUGGAACGGGCACUGCCACAAAGUCCACCCAGCACUGCAAAGCAGGGAACUGGACAGAAGCCUGCUUUAAAGAGAAAACCUUGGAGUGAGAGUGAGCAGGCUGCUGUGAAGCGCUACUUAAGUGAAUUUAUCACGAGGAUGAAGGUUCCAGGCAAAAAAGAAUGUAAUGCCUGCAUAGCUGCUGAACCAGAUCUUGGGGGAAGAUCUUGGACGGAUGUCAAAAAUUAUGUACACAACACACUACAAACAGUACGGAGGAGAAAUAACCAGCAGAAUCCUGAGAGGGGUGAAAAUAUUUUGAAUCCAAAGAGGUCAAAGCCAGCAGUUGAAACCACUAAGACUAAUUUGGAAGAGACGAGCGACGUGUGUACUAUGACAACGGUGAAUCCAGAUCACCUGAGAGAAAGUUUAAACUGUUGUAUGACGGUGCCGCCACCGACCCACCUGAGAGAAUCGUCACCAUUCUCCCAAGACAUUGCUGCAAGUUAUGGAUCUUUGUGUUCCACUAGUACAAACAUGGUCCUUCCAAGUCAAGAAUUGAUUUCUACCUUCACACCACUGAAUGCUACUGAUACUCAAGUGGUUCCCACGUUUACCCCACACAACACUACAAAUGCCCUAAUGCCACCUGUUUACACCUCAGAAAACCACCAAACACUGACACUAUCCUCUUUGUACACACAAAAUGCCACAAAUAUGCUACCCCCUCCCUUGUAUACCACACAAGACACUUCAGGGUCAGCAAUUAUUCCUUCUUUUUCUACAUUUAACGCCCCAAGUACCUCAAUGAUUCCAACAUACACGCAAUUAAAUACGACAAGUGCACCAAUAGCUUCUGCCUUCUCCACACUAAAUGACAGGUGUAGGCCUGUGAUGUCGUCCUUUACACCCCUGAACCAUUCAACUCCUGCACCUUACCCCACAAGCCCACCAACAAAUGCACAGGUUGUCCCUUCAUUUCAUGGACAUGGUGUUUCUGAAAGAGCACCGGUGUUGCAGGACAGUACACUGUCUCCUGCAGGAGGACAUGUCACCCAAGGUGUCAAACCUCAAAAGAGAAAUAAGAGGUUGUGGAGUGAGGAGGAGCAGCAAGCUGUGAGGCGUUAUUUUGGAGACUUUUGUAAGCUGGUGAAAGUGCCAGGGAAAAAGGACUGUGAUGCAUGUUUAGCGGCUGAGCCUGCACUGAACACCAGGACAUGGAGGGAAGUGAAAUAUUUUGUACACAACUCAAUUCAGUCGCUGAAAAGAAGAGGUCAUGCUGUCACCUCCAAACAAAGUAGACCACAGGAACCAGAGAUUCAGACUCCAAGUACGGAGUGGGAUGGUCCUGUAUAUCUGUCCUUGUAAUUUAUAUAUAUAUAUAUAUAUAUAUAUAUAUAUAUAUAUAUAUAUAUAUAUAUAUAUAUAUAUAUAUACAAACAUGGACAAAAACAAUGCCUCUCAAUGAGGAUUUCAGAGAGCUGUGGCUUUGACCACAUAUUAAAUGGGGCUUUACAGCAGAAGAACUUUCUCGGUUGCCUUGUACAUAUAUAUUGACAUUUAAACAACCCUGCCAUUCGUCAAAUUUUAUAUACCUUUCCAAAAGUGUUGUAUCCUGUUCAGAAUCAAGUCCAAUAGACCAUGGUCCUCAUUGCAUGAUUGUAGACAAAUGGAUGCAGAUCAUGGAUGUACUUUAGCUCUGACUGAGGGGGGGAAAAAGAGCUUUUUUGUUAAAUAUGCGAAGUUUGCAUAGUUGUGUCAGACCACUGUUGUAAUGAAGUGUUAUUGAGAUGGAAGAGUGGACUUCCUCGAGUCAGGAUUCUGUUUAACAUUGGCUCUUAAAAUGAUGUGUGAAACACAUGACUGAACUGCUUAGAGCUCCCAUUUACUUGUUAAGUAAAUUCCGUUUUUUCCAUUGACUGCAUUUACAUGGGUUUUUAAUUUAAAACUUACCUCAAUCUUUUCUGUCUGAAUUUUUUGUGUUGUUGAAAUAGAAAACUCACUGGAAUAUCUUUUCAGCCAAUCCCACAGAUGUGUUGACUUGCUUUGUAUCAUUUCCAAAUGUCUAACCCCAAGUGUACUAUAUUCUUGCUUUAACCAGUAACCUGUAUUGUAGCCUGCAGCACUAACGACAUGCUUCCUUACUCAUGUUUGAGAAUAAGAGCUCUUUCUGUGUGAAUAUACUUGUCACUUAAAUAGAAGCAUAUUUUCCUUCUUUUCAUCAGUAAUUUAUAUUAUUUUUGCGGCUUUUAUUGCAUUUGUGUCGCCAAGAUUGUUUUUUUUUAACUAAAUAGUUUAGUGGUAUGUGUAUCUUUUUUUUUUACUUCAUUUUAAACUUUCUUUGUCCAGUUUCUACAAUAAUUUUCACCUUUUUUAUAUGCAUUUUUCUGCAUUAUAUAAUUAUUACCAAUAUUGUCUUUUGUCUAAGCCCGAAUUUAGAAAGUUUGAUCCUAAGAAGAAAACAAAGUGUUGCCUUCAACCCAGUCGUAUAGGAUUGUUUUCAUGAAAAUGUCAAGAAUUAAUAUUACAAAAGAUAAAAAUGCCUUCCUUUUUUUGUAUACAUAUUGAAAUUAUUAACGUCCCAGGACACAAGGAGGGGUAUAUUUUCCGACUUGUGGAUAAGAUAGACAGUUAGGGUUGGACAUGCAUUUUAUUUUUAACAGCAGACCACAAGUUUUGUGAGUUAGCCCGACCGAACAGUGUUAGUUACAUUUCAGUCUAAAAUGUUUCUUCACAGAUUUUCUUUCACACUGGGUGUAGAGCAAUAUCGUCAAAGUAGGUGUGCUGGCUUUGUAGACGUCUUAAUUAGAACACAAAAUAUUUAACAGACAGCCGUGAAUUGUUUUUCAGAUGGUUUUUAUUUCUACAUUUGAGAUCAAAAAGGGAAGAAGUUAGUGUGGGGUCACGACGGCACCCGUCUUCGUCUUCUGAUGACCGUGUUAGCGUUAGCAGCAGUGAACCUGUUAGAUAACCAACGUUCACAUGUUUGUACCAAAGUCAUCGUGUUAGACCUGCAUUCAGUUCACUUAUGACAUUUUUCUUUUCCUUGUUUUGUUUGUUUUGUAAAUUAAUGUGUAGAUGUGUUGCAACAUAACGGUAGCUUCAUUCAUUUCUUUGUUUUGAAAAAAUAUUGCUUUCUGGUUUUGCAAAGACUUCUGCUCAUGUCUUUUGUGGUAGAAGCACAUGUUUCUGGUUGUCCUGUGAAUCUAUGUUGCCUUUAGUUAUCGCUUACUAUCAAAUAUUGUAAGAAGAAACGCAGAACAUCUGCUUGUACAAUAAAAUGCUUCUUGGCUUGAUAUUUCAGACAUUUUGUUUUUGCUAGACAUGUUUCUAUUCAAAGGGGGUUAGAUGUUUUAAGUUUAGCCAUCAGAUUUCUCAGCAUUUGUGCAAAAAAAGACAUAUUUUAACCAAAUAUUUAAAAUAUUGUUUUCGUUUUUUUUCAUACGAUGGUAUACUUAAGCCUGAAUUAAGGUUCUGCGUUAAACCAACGCAGAGCAUACGCCGUUGCGAACCUUUGGACUUCUCCAUCACUCCAUUUCUCCGCGGUGCAGUACCCCCCCCAGAGCGCUAGUUGAUACUUUGUUUAGCUUCCGGCUUUUUCCGGUCACAGUGAAUCAAAGAGAUAAGGACAACUAUUGUGCAAAAAAAACAAAACAAAAAAAAUCACACACACGAAGAAAAGAACGCUGAAAGUUCACUACUGCUUCACGAACCUGAAACGGAGAUGCGUUGCUACCAAGCAAACCAAUCACAGCCCUCUCGGUCUGCGUCGCCUCGACGUGUAGUUACAUUUUUUGGGAGGUGCACGUCAGGCUACGGCGUAGGCUACGGAGAGACUCCCACGUACCUGCUUACCCUACGGCGUAGGCUCUGCGUUGAUUUAACGCAGAAACAUAAUUCAGGCUUUACAGCUUCCUGGUUUCAUGUGCCUGUAUUCACGCAUGAUUCUCACGUGAUUCACACAUGAAUCACGUCUCUUGUUGGGGGUGGGGGGUCAUCAGAGGCUGCAGUGUAGCGUUCAUUUUGUAACGACCAAAAUAAAUAGUCGUUCAUUCAUUCAACAAGUCAGGGAAAUACAAUAAGUACAGUAGUACAAAUUGUGACUGGCGUGUACAGUAUUUCACUGCUCUUCUGACUGUGCUGCUGCAUCCUGACUCGGUCUGUAGCGUCUUUUUCUUCUAAAGCCCAUGGUGCAGGUGUAACCCAUAACUAAUGGCUUAUCUCCAUUUAUAAUGACAGGCAGCUGUUACAAGUGCGGUUGCAUCAAACCCUCAGCACACGGCUAUUGUCGAGCAUUUGGAGAGCGUUCUAGCUCAGAAAAACGCAGAACUCCAGUUGAAAGAGGCCCUGCUUACGGCGAAGGAAACUCUGCUCACUAGUUUGAAAGCUGACCUGGAAGCCAUUAGAGCGGAAAAUGUAAACCUCAGACAGGAGAACCAAAAACUCCGAGAGGACUUACGCUUUGAGAGCCAGAGAAUGGGACUUCACGAAGCUAUUGUGGAAGAGAUGAGAGCUGGGUUCGGAGACCUGGGGGAGGCUAUACGGGAACGGAAAACGCAUGUCCACGAUUCACCUGUGGGACCCGCCCCCACGUGCACCUCAACUACUGCUGUAUCGUCUUCUUCAGCAGCCCAGAUGUCUCCACCGGCCCCGUCCUCCAGCGACGACGGCCCCCAAACGUCUCAAUCACUCACUGACAUGAGCUUACAAAUGUCUCGACAACUCCCUGACGUAAGCCUACGUGCUGUUGGACCAAAAGAUUUUGCUAUGAUCCAGCAGAAGAGCUGGGGUCAAAUGGGCCGUUAUGGAUGUCUGCUGUUCAGGAAGGUCAUCUCGGAGCAGAACUACCAAGCCUGGUGCAAAACCACUAACUGGGAUGGGUCAAGGGGCAAACAAGUAGUGCCGCAAAAUGUUAAGAACUUUGUGUUUGAGACCAUGAAGACAAAAUUUCCUGGGAUGAAGAUCAAGGAAUUCAAAAUCUGCAUUGAUAAAAUCAAUGAAUGCCUGCGCACACCGCGCCAACAGCUGUAAAUAAA